UAAAAUAUUAGUAGUUAUUAGAGAAAAGUAGCUCUUUUAUCGUGUUUUCUAGUUCUUUCGCUAAAUCGCUCGAGAUCACUGGUGUGUGAAAUCCCAUCACGCAUCAAUUGGUAUCAGAGCCUGGUUUCGAGGAACCGAGCUCGACGAUGCUCGCGUAAAGGGCAUGCUUUCCGCAAAUCAAUGGGAGAUCUUCUAUCAUCCGGAAGCAACUGGACGAACGCAGAAGGUUGUCGAGGGAUGAAGCUUUGCAGCUAGUCGAUGGAGAACCAUCGAUCGAGAUUGACGAGCCACCGGAUAUACCUCCUAGUCCGGACGAUGUAGAGAUCUCCUUGUGCGCUCUCACCGGCGUUUCCCAGCCCACGAUCAUCCGCUUCGACACCACCAUCCAUCACGAACCAGCAGCCGCCCUCGUUGAUAGUGCGUCCUCGCACAAUUUUGUGAGCCGCGAAGCUUCCAGGAAGAUGUUUGUACGAGCUACUGCGAUCCCGCCAUUCGAAGUUAAGGUAACUGAUGGAAAUUUCUUGUUGUGCGAACGAUGCUACGAAGCGGUACAAAUUGAGAUACAGGGGGUACAGCUUCGAGUCGAUUUGUAUGAGCUACCACGAUGUGGGAUUGACGUCAAUCUCGGUGGUCAAUGGCUUAAGCAAGCAAGUCCUAUAUCUUUUGAUUGGAGGAACGCGACCAUGCAUUUCAAAGAUAAGGGCUCGUGGGUCACGUUGCAAGGAGCUAUUAAUCCCGACGACGAGGGUACAGCUGCCGACAGGAGUUUGCGCGAUAAUGACGCCAAACUGCGAAAGACUGGAUGCCGCAAUCGAGGGGGUCAGCCGAGUCUUCAAGCGCGAGAUUCAUGGGAGUCAAUGCUAAAGAGAUUCUCCGCUGCCAUUGAUGUUGUCCUCCCUGCCACCACGUCACCAACAUCGAGGGUCAUCGCACCACCGCCGCCUGUUGGAACCCUAACCAUGGAGGGUAUUGCCUUGGGGAUGUCCACUAUGUUAACGUCCCAAGACCCGACCUCGCCGGCGCCAUGCGUAGCCAUCCGCCUUAAAGGGGGGAGGCAAUUCUAUUGG